AUGGCCGCCCCAACCUUUGCAGAUGUCGUGCCCAUCAAGCGCAUCUCCUCUCACCAAUAUUCCAUCUCCCUCGAGGAUGAAUGGUGUAUCGGCUCAGUCCCCAACGGCGGAUAUGUCACCUCGUCCUUCCUCGUCGUCGCUCGAACACACAUGUCGCAAACCCACUCAACCCGCUCUGAACCACAUCCUGUAAACCUACAUCUUGAGUUCCUGCGCCGAACAUCUGUCGGCGAGGCCAUCUUCACCGUGCAAGAUGUCAAACUUGGCUCUCGUAUCUCCAACCUUCACAUCACCCUAUCUCAACCUAAACACCCAGGCGACACUGUACGAGAAGACAAAGCCCAAGGCUACAUCACCAUGAGCAACAUCGCGACUGAAGAAGGCCUCUCUCUCGACACAGAAUACACACUCUCUUCACCCCAAGCCCUACCCGUAAAUCUCCCCAUCCUAGGCGCGAACAAUCUCGACGAGAACUACACCAUCCGUCCUGCCGACCCAUUUCCACAGUUCAGAAGGGCGGCGCAAUGCAUCCAAAUAUUUCUCGUCAGGCCAGAUAAAAGGGGUCCAUCGCGCCCCAAAUCCAUCAUCGACCAAUGGGUGCGCUUCUCCCCCAAAGGCGUCCCAAACGGACGCUGGACCAACGAUGCCCUCGGCUUCCUAGUCGACAUGUUCCCCCAGAUCGUCGAGAGCUACAUAAAUCCCGAGAGUGAAGACGCCGCCCUGGGCGCGCAAUCGCAACAACAGCGCCGAGAUUCCACCAAGAAACCCAAGGUCAACGGCGGCCGGCCCUUCUGGUAUCCGACGCUGGUUCUGAACCUCGACGUCAAGAAACUCCUACCCGAGGAGGGCGUGGAAUGGCUGUUCGUUCGCGUCCGCGCGAAAGCCGUCAAGAACGGCCGCUUCGAUCUCGACAUUGAAGUCUGGGACGAAACCAACGAGUUGGUCGCGACCAGCACGCACGCCAGUUUGAUCGUCGAUGCCUCGCGGAACAUCGCCGGGAGGUCGAGGUCUAAAACGAGCAAGAAGAACAAUGACUCGAAGCUAUGA